AUGAUCGCAUUGACCAAGGCCAUCGCCGCGCUCGCGCGAGAUGGGCGAGUGGAGGACGCGGCCAAGCUCUUCGAUUCCAUGGCGGAGCGCGAUCUAGUGGCCUGGAAUGCGAUCCUCGCUGCCCACGCUCGCUCCGGCGAUCUGGGAGCUACGGCAAAGAUCUUCCGGGAAAUGCCGCAGCGGGAUAUCGUGUCGUGGACGACAGCGAUGGCGGCGUACUCGCGGCGUGGCCUGCUCGACCACGCCUCGGCGCUCUUCGAUCGGAUGCCGCUCCACGACCUCGCGUCCACGAAUGCGAUGAUCGCGGCGCUCGCGCGCGCGGGGGAGAUCCUCGCAGCGGAGGAGCUCUUCGAUUCAAUGCCCGUCCGGGAUCUUGCGUCGUGUGGCGCGAUGCUGGAUGGCUAUGCGCGAGCUUCGCGAUCAAUCCAAGCAGGGGAAUUUUUCCAUCGCGGCAUGCCGGAGUGGGAUCUCGUGUCCAUGACAGUGAUGAUCAAUCUCUAUGCCCAGUUGCGGCAUUUCGACGCGAUCCAGCGCUUGCUGGAUCGAGUUCCGAUAGAGGGUCUCUAUCUCUGGAACUCACUUCUCUCGAUCUAUGCCCGGGAGGAAGAUCUCGCCAAAGCUAGAGAGGUUUUCGAUCGAAUGCCACAGAGGGACAUAGUUUCUUGGAACUCUCUCCUCUCGGCAAAUGCCAACUCUCGGAAUUUUGGAAGAGAUGGGGAUGAUCCCGAGCUCCUCUUCGAUCGAAUGCCGCAGCACAACCUCAUCUCCUGGACGAUCCUCCUAACUUCCCUCGCCAAUCGCGGCGCCCUCACAGCGGCAUUCCGCUGCUUCGAUCGCAUCCCACAGGAGCCCUCGAUCGUGUGCUGGAACGCGCUCAUCACUGCGUGCCUGCGCAGCGCCCAGCCCCAUUUCGCCCGCCAGAUCUUCGAUCGAAUGCCCCAGCGCGACCUCUCCUCCUGGAACAUCAUGCUCUCGGUGCUCGCGGUGCUCGAUUCCUUCACAAUCGCGGAGAUUCGGGAGUUUUUCUUCCAUCGAAUGCCCGCCCACGAUCUCACCUCCUGGAACGCGAUGCUCAAAGCGUGUGUUCUUAGAGGGAAUCUUUCCGAGGCGUCUCGAAUAUUCUCCGCCAUUCCUCUCAAGAGCCUUGCCUGCUACACGACAUUGCUUGCGGCGAAUGCCCAGAGCGGCCAUGUCCACGUGGCAGAGAAGAUUCUUGAGAAUAUACCGGAAAUAGACCUCGCGGCAUCAACUGCCAUGCUCACUGCAUAUGCCCAGAACGGGCAACUUGACAAUGCUAGAAUUCUAUUCCAGAAUCUUAAGGCCAGAGACCUUCUGGUCUGGAACGCGAUCCUGGCCGCUCAUCGUUACGACAUUUUAGAGUGCCAACGCAUCUUUGACGAGAUGCCGGAAUACAACGCUGCCUCUUGGAUUACGCUUCUUAUGGCAUAUGCCGAAGCCCGGAAUCUGGAAAUUGCCCAGCAGAUUUUCAGGCACAUUCCAGAACAAAACCUCGAUACAUGGAAUGGAAUGCUUUUAUCGUACGCACGGAAUGCCAAGCUUGAGUGUUCUAGCCGUUUGCUCAAUCAUAUUCCGGAGAGAAAUCACGUGUCGUGGACAAUUGGAAUAACAGCAUUUGCCCAGUUUGGGCAUCCAGAUGAGGCAUUUGCUAUGUUCUCGGCGAUGGUCAUGGACGAUAUCACCCCGGAUGAGUCGUGCUUUGUCUCUCUCCUUGUGGCGAGCACCUUUUCAGGAAAACUUUCUUGCGGGAAAUCGGUUUUUGUCUCCAUGAUACUAGAUUUUGGUAUUUCUCCAACCAAGAGCCACUAUGGCUGCCUCGUUGAUCUUCUUGCUCGUGGCGGCUACUUGGAAGAUGCGGCCAAUCUCAUUGCUGACAUGCCCUUCAUCCCGAGUAGAUCUGAGUGGACGAUCCUGCUGCGGGCACGAAUGCUUCGAAGCAUUGAUGAAAAUUGGGGAUUGAGUUCCAGGAACAGGGGCCAACUCAAAAGGGACUCAGGUUUUCGAGGCCGCAACUGUGAAGGGAUGUUGCAAAUUUUGUUGGUGAAUGCGCAAAGUGCCAACGCUCAAGCAUCCAAGAAGGAAUUACUCCAUACUUCACUGUGGAGUCAGGAAGGGCAUGCUGCAAUUUGGAUAAGCACACUUAUACCUUUCCAGGAAGCGGUACAGCUUUUCAUUAGACUUAAUCGAGAUUGUAGGCACGAAGCUCAAGCUUUUUACAGACAUGCUCAGGAUUUAUUCUCCUGA